UUAUCGACCAUAAACUUAUUGCGUAAUGGAAGUCUGACAGUAAUAUAAAUCAAGAUACCAGUCAUUUCAGUAACUCAGAUGCCACCGGCGCCAGCUUUCCAUCACCGUUCGGUUCUUGGUCGGAAAUUGCGACCAAUUUCCGAAGUUGAAAGACCUAACUUAGCCUUAUAACGAGAAGCAGUGACAAUAUGUCUACAUUACAGGCAUCUUACAAGACCUGUUUGUCUUUCGAAAUCACCGUACUUCGUGGAAGGGACAUCAGCAAAGGAAAAGUUGCCGAUUAUAUUGACACACCGGAUCCUUACGUACGUCUGCGUAUUCCGUCAGCACCUAGCGGUAAAGCGCAAACGAAAGUCGUCAACAACAGCAAGAACCCUGAAUGGAAUGAAACGUUUACGUUCUAUCUUGAUCCUAACAAAGAAAAUGUUUUAGAGAUAACCCUYAUGGAAUCAGACCUUGUCAGCGACGAUGUUCUAGAUACACAUACAUUUAGGAUCAACGAUUUGGAGAUCRAUGUUCUUUGCGAACAGACGUUCAAGUUUGGAGAGACUUCUAAAGUUGACGUUGAAAUGAAACUUAGUAAAUGCCCUGAUUCUGGUGAUCUUAGAUUCAGUCAGGAGCUAUGCGAGGAGGAAAUAGAGUUCUUAACAAAGAGGAAAGAAAAAGUACUUGAAGUGUUGCAGGAGUUGUUAGGAGACAAAGGUCCAACAAAUGUUUCAGAGGUUCCUACUAUAGCGUUACUAGGAUCAGGGGGAGGUUUUCGAGCUAUGACGUCAAUGAGUGGAGUACUUUGCGCAUUGACUGAUACAAAGCUACUUGAUUGCAUAACAUACUUCGCUGGAUUAUCAGGAUCAGCUUGGUACCUCUCUUGCCUUUAUUCGCAUCCCGACUGGCCUACAGUACAUCCACGAGUUAUCUUGGAAGAGCUUCGAGAGAAUCUCAAAGAAAAUAUGAUCUGGCAACUCGUGAAGCCGAAGUGGGUUUACAAACAUAUGCAAUUGAUAAACAAGAAGAAGAAGAAUGGACAGCCCGUCAGCUUUACCGACGUGUUUGGUUACCUUGUGGGAGAGACUAUUAUCAAAGGGCGUCAACCACCAAAGCUGAGCAAUCAAAAAGACAAGCUAAAUUACGCUACCGUCCCGUUUCCACUUUACACUUGCGUAAACGUAAAGAAAGACGUAUCGGCUCAUGCGUUUUGUGAAUGGCUUGAAUUUUCACCGUAUGAAACUGGUUUCCCUAAAUAUGGUACGUUCAUGAAGACGGAGCUGUUUGGCUGCAAAUUUUUCAGUGGGCGAGUAUUGAAGAAAUUUGAUGAGCCUGAAUUGUCGUAUUUACAAGGCAUCUGGGGAAGCGCGUUUACCAUUUUACUUCAGCAAGUCGUACGUGAAGGUCUGAAAGAACCAGAAGAAGUCGUCACGGAUGUCGAGAACAGAGGAGAAGUACGUAAGCAAAUGGAGGAUAUGGUUGCCUCAGAAGAGAUUGAUAAAUACAACAAGAGCAGUGACGAUAGUGAUGAAGAUUCCACGCACGACCAGAAGAAUGGCCAUAAUGGCGAGGAGAAAGAAGACGCAGGUCCUGUUGAGUCGGAAGAAGGUGCUACAGAUGCUGACAAGUUUGUGGACAUUGUAGAUAAAGUUAUCAACAAGUUCGAGGUUUUCCGCACGAGGCAGGGACGAGCAGGAUUGGUGCACAACUUUUUACGAGGGCUAGAGAUAUCCGAAGCUGAUCAAGUCGACAAUGUAGAGAGCGAACUAGUCACCGAGACCAAGAGGAUAUUUCUGGUCGAUAGUGGCCUGGUGCUCAAUUCCCCAUAUCCAGUUCUACUACGGCCACAGAGGGGGGUAGAUUUAUUUCUAUCCUUUGACUUUAGCGCACGUGAUAAGGACGAUGAAGAGCCUUUUAAGGAGUUGCUUCUGUCUGAGGAAUGGGCGAGAAAGAACAAUUAUCCAUUCCCACCAAUCAACGCCUUAGAGCAGCUUGAAAAAGACGGCCCCAAGGAAUGCUAUGUGUUCAAACAUCCCACGGAUCCUUCAUGUCCUGUCGUUAUUCACUUUGUUCUAAUAAACAAGACGUUUAAAGAAUACAGCAAACCAGGCGUCCAAAGGACAGACGAUGAAAUAUCAGCAGGCGAUUUCUCAAUCUUCGAGGAUCCCAAGAARCACUACAGUACUUUUAACUUCCAUUAUCCUAACGAAGCAUUUGACAGACUCACUCAGUUAACAGAAUUCAACACUCUACUGUACGAACAACUUAUGAAAGAUGUCAUUAGUGAAUGUAUACAACGAAAGAGAGAUGGUCAAAUACAAGCGAAACCCAAGAAAGAUAAAUGUACAAUUCUUUAGUGGAAAAUAUGACAGAUUAAAGCCAG